AUGUUAAUCGAGCCGAAAUUAACAAAUACAUCGAAACAUUUCGGUAAACCACCCAAUAAACAAAAUCCUUUAUUACAAAGCUUAGGUGUUCCGCAUAUAGAUUCCUUUAACUAUAUGCUAGAAGAUGGUCUUUCCGAGGCUGUCCAAGAUAAUCCACUUGUUUAUAUUCAUCUUCCAAAUGAAGAUAAAGUAGCUUUAUGGCUUGAUGACGUAUCCAUCCAUCAGCCUGUUGUUCCUUCUGGUACAAUUGGGGUAAAGAAUCAUAAAAUUUACCCUACAGAAUGUCGUCAGAGGCGAUGUACUUACAAAGGGAAGAUCACAGUUAAAGUGGGUUGGAGCAUCAAUGGUAAAGUGCAAGAGACUCUUGAAAGAGAUUUAGGAGAGGUUCCAAUUAUGGUUAAGUCCAAUAGAUGUCACUUGCAUAAAAUGAGUCCAAAAGAACUUGUUGCACAUGGAGAACACGAACAAGAAUGGGGUGGAUAUUUUAUAAUCAAAGGACUGGAGAGACUUAUAAGAAUGUUAUUAAUGACAAGGAGGAAUUAUCCUAUAGCUAUUAAGAGAUCAGGUUGGAAAGCUCGUGGCGUACAAUUUAGCGAUCUUGGCUUACUUUUAAGAUGUGUGCGUGAUGAUAAUACUGCAGUUAACAAUACUUUGCACUAUGUAACUGAUGGUUCGGCAAAAUUAAUGUUUACGCAUAGGAAAAUUUUAUAUUACGUUCCGCUCAUUUUAAUGUUAAAGUGUUUAAUCGAUGCUUCGGAUAUCUUUAUUUAUAACGCAUUGGUAGCUGGACGUGAAGAUGAUAUUUGGUACAAAAGUUGUAUCUCAAAUAUGUUACGUGCCAUACACGAACAAGAUUUACACAGUCACGAAGACUGCAAAGCUUACAUAGGAAGAAUGUUUAGAAUAAAAUUUUUCGAACUUCCUCAAGAUGCCACCGAUGUAGAUGUUUGUGACUUUAUUAUUAAGCAUUGUAUAGCAAUUCAUCUGAACGAUCCGUUAGAUAAAUUUUACUUACUCGUAUUUAUGACAAAAAAGUUGUUCGUUCUUGCAAAUAAUAAGUGUGCCGUUGAAGGAGCUGAUGCUGUGAUGAUGCAGGAAUGUUUACUUGGCGGUCAUUUAUAUUUGCAAGUAUUGAAAGAGAAAUUGUACAACUGGUUGAAUAUUUUAAAAACAAAUAUUUUAAAACGUGCAAGGAGCGCUGGUAACAGAUACGCUUUAAACGUGCAGGAAAUGUUGAAUGUGAUGAAACAUGGAAAUUUCCUUGAUUCGCAAAUGGAAAACUUUUUAUCCACUGGAAAUUUAAGAUCGUCGACAGGUUUAGGGCUGAUGCAAAAUACGGGUCUUACAAUUGUUGCUGAAAAUAUUAAUAGGAUGCGUUACAUGAGUCACUUUCGUGCUAUACACAGGGGUUCCUUCUUUCAAGAAAUGAGAACUACGGAAGCUAGACAACUAUUGCCUGACGCAUGGGGUUUCAUUUGUCCUGUGCACACACCUGACGGUGCUCCGUGUGGUCUUUUGAAUCAUUUAACAAUGAACUGCAUUAUUACAAAACAUCCAGAUCCAAAACUAAAAGCCAAUGUACCUAUCAUACUAAUGGACCUUGGAAUGAUUCCAUUAUCCAUUGUAGACAAUUGGCAAAAUUCAUACGUCGUGAUGUUAGACGGGAAAUUGAUUGGAUUAAUAGAUGACAGUAUAAUUAGCAGAGUGACUGAUAAAUUACGAUUACUUAAAAUAAAAGGAGAGGAGGUUCCGCACACGAUGGAAAUAGCACUCGUGCCAAAGAAAAAUGUACCGGCUCAGUAUCCAGGAUUAUAUUUGUUCACGAAUGCAGCUCGCAUGAUGAGGCCAGUAAUGAAUUUAGCUUGUAAAAAAAUUGAAUAUAUAGGAACGUUUGAGCAAAUUUAUUUAGAAAUUUGUGUCACGCCCGAGGAAGCUUAUAAAGGACUAACGACGCAUCAAGAAUUAUCAAAAACAGCGUUCUUAAGUAAUUUAGCAAGUCUAAUUCCAAUGCCAGAUUACAAUCAAAGUCCGCGAAAUAUGUAUCAGUGUCAGAUGGGUAAACAAACAAUGGGUACUCCGUGUCAUACGUGGCAAUUGCAAUCCGAAACUAAAUUAUACAGACUUCAAACACCUGCAACACCAUUCUUUCGACCUGUACAUUACGAUAAAAUUGAUCUCGACGAUUUUGCUAUGGGUACUAAUGCAAUAGUUGCUGUUAUUUCGUACACGGGCUAUGAUAUGGAAGACGCAAUGAUUAUAAAUAAAGCAGCAUAUGACAGGGGUUUUGCACACGGAAUGAUUUAUAAAUCGGAAUUCGUAGAUUUGAAAGAUCAAAGAAGUUAUUUUGCACGAAAUCCUGAUAAACCCGAACUCGCAGAAAAAUUAGAUACCGAUGGUCUUCCUGUACCGGGUACAAUUAUCAAGGAAAACGAUGUUUAUUAUUGUUAUUACGAUGCAGAUAAAUCGACAUACGUCACUGGUAAAUAUCAUGGGAAAGAAGAUGCUUACGUCGAUAAUGUAAAACUCUGUGGAACAUUGCAUAGUCACAUUCCACGUAGAGCUUGUAUCACUUUUCGUAUUCCACGAAAUCCAAGCGUUGGAGACAAAUUUGCUUCAAGAGCAGGGCAAAAAGGUAUCUGUUCGCAAAAGUGGCCAGCGGAGGAUUUACCAUUCACUGAAACUGGUCUGAUCCCCGAUAUCAUAUUUAAUCCUCACGGUUUCCCAAGUCGUAUGACAAUAGCCAUGAUGAUCGAAAUAAUGGCUGGAAAAUCAGCAGCUAUACAUGGAUUAGUACACGAUGCAACAUCCUUUAGAUUUAACGAGGAUGAAACAGCAGUAGAGUACUUUGGAAAAUUAUUGGAACGCGGCGGUUAUAAUUAUUAUGGAACGGAAAGAUUGUACUCGGGGAUAGAUGGAAGAGAAUUGACUGCCGAUAUUUUCUUUGGAGUAGUACAUUAUCAGCGAUUGAGACACAUGGUUUCAGAUAAAUGGCAGGUUAGAAGUACGGGUCCCGUCGAUGUUUUAACGAGACAACCGAUAAAGGGUAGACGAAGAGGUGGCGGUGUUCGAUUCGGAGAGAUGGAACGUGAUUCGUUAAUAUCUCAUGGUUGUGCAUUUUUGCUUCAAGAUCGUCUCUUCCACUGUUCAGAUAAAACUACGACAUUGGUAUGUCAAAAAUGUGGGACGCUAUUGGGUCCUAUAACGGAAAUGUCUGUAACUACGCCAGGAUUAAACGACAAAACGAGAUGUCGUCUCUGCGGUGACGACGAGUCCGUGAGAGAUGUUGAAAUACCAUAUAUCUUUCGGUAUCUCGUAACGCAAUUAACAUCUUGUAAUAUUAACGUGAAACUGUCAUUCGUAGAGAAAUGAAGAUUAUUGGAGUGUACAUAGCUUUGUACUUUCUUCUAACUAUUGUAUAAUAAUAAUAAUACUUUAUUUUUUCUUUCCAACA